AUGAGAUGGCUGUUCUGGGCGUCACCACCGCAGAAUGACUCCCACGAUGCCAGCCCCAACGCCCACCCUCGGCCCAUAAAACCGCAGCGCCGCGAAGCGCACCAGGACCACACCCCAGCUCCAGGUCAAGCGGCCCCGGAGCCCACAAUAUCUAAUGCUCAGUCUAGCAGAGACUGGAAUUCCUCACUCAAUGCGACGGACUGGAAGCAAUUCACUGAGCCGAAGACCAUCAUUCCCACUGCGCUACUGACGGGCGGGAUCCUGCUCUGUGUUCACAUUCACCGCAAGUAUCUCCGGAGGAUACCGGAGGCGGGUUACAUCUCUCCCUCAUACUUCAGACGACGGAGUUUACUGGGCAAGGUGACGAGCGUUGGGGACGGUGACAAUUUUCGCCUGUACCACACCCCGGGUGGUAGGUUGGGUGGAUGGGAGUGGCUGCGAAAAGUACCAACCGGGAAGAAUGAAUUGCGGAAUAGGACUAUCCAUAUCCGCCUCGCCGGUAUCGACGCUCCUGAGCUCCCUCAUUUCGGCCGCCCGGCCCAGCCGUACUCCCACGAGGCACAUACCUGGUUGACAAACUACCUCCUCAAUCGGCGCGUACGAGCUUUUCUCUACCGUCCCGACCAGUAUGGCCGCGUGGUGGCCACCGUGUACGUCCGUCGCUGGCUCCUGUUUAAGCAGGAUGUAGGACUGCAGAUGCUGAAGCAGGGCUGGGCGACGGUCUACGAGGCGAAAACGGGCGUGGAGUUUGGUGGGGCGGAGUUGGAGAGGAAGUAUCGUGAUGCGGAGGCUUGGGCGAAAAGACGGGGGCUAGGGCUGUGGGAGGGUUUGAAGGGGAAGAAGAAGGAGAAGUGGGAGAGUCCUCGGGAGUUUAAGACGAGGAUGGCUGCGGAGGAAGCGCAAAGGAAGUGA